AUGUCUUCAGUCAAGUGUUUGAGAGAGUUUGUCAACCAGCGACUAUCUGCUGCUGCUGAAGAAAUAUUCGGAGUUUUUAAAAGAACCAUCGUCGAGUAUCAGGAAGAGAUCGAGCGGCAGCGCGGAAUGUUGGAUGUUAUUUGGAAACCCGAAGUGAGGUUAAACAGGAUAGAGCUCCCACAGUCACGUGUCUGUAAGCAGGAGGAGGUUCUCUCUGACCAGCAGCUGUGUCUCCAGGAGAGGAACCCCAGUGUGGACCAAGAGGACCCAGAUCCUCCACAGAUUAAAGAGGAACAGGAGGAACUCUGCAGCAGUCAGGAGGGAGAGCAGCUUGAACCGAAGCAGGAGGCCGACACCUUUACGUUGACUCCGACUUGUGAGGAAACUGAUCACAGUGAUGAUGAGACUCCGGUUUUGAAUCCUGACAAAAGUAAGAGUGAAUCAGAGGCAGAGCCUCCAGCUAGCACGUGUACCAGCUCGUUAGAUGAGGAAAUGGACUGUGAGCGUUUUGUGGGACCAGAACCAAACAUCUCUCAUGGAUCUGAUAGCAAAGAUCAGAAAGGAGUAAAACGUAGUUUAACAUCAACCAAGGAGCCACAACAGCAGAUUCUGGCUCCUCCAGGUGAGAAGACAUUUUUGUCCAAAACACGUGGAAAAUAUUUCCAACACAAAGAAAACUUGUCUGCCCACAUUAGAACAGCCCCCAAGGUUGAUCAACCAUAUUCCUGCAUCACCUGUGGCAAAACAUUCACUCAGACAGCAAGUUUGAAGUGUCACACAAGAAUUCAUACUGGGGAGAAGCCAUUUUCCUGCAUCACCUGUGGCAAAACAUUCACACAUGGAUCAAGUUUGAAGUCUCACACAAGAGUCCAUACUGGGGAGAAGCCAUUUUCUUGCAUCACCUGUGGCAAAACAUUCACUAAUGCAUCGCAUUUGAGGUCUCAUAUGAGAAUCCAUACUGGGGAGAAACCAUAUUAUUGCAUCACCUGUGGCAAAACAUUCACUAAUGCAUCGCAUUUGAGGUCUCAUAUGAGAAUCCAUACUGGGGAGAAACCAUAUUAUUGCAGCACCUGUGGCAAAACAUUCACUCAUGCUGCAAGUUUCAGUACUCAUAUGAGAAUCCAUACGGGGGAGAAACCAUAUUCUUGCAUCACCUGUGGCAAAACAUUCACUCGGCAAGAACAUUUGAAGAAUCACACAAGAAUUCAUACUGGGGAGAAACCAUAUUCUUGCAUCACCUGUGGCAAAACAUUCGCUCGGCCAGAACGUUUGAAGAAUCACACAAGAAUUCAUACUGGGGAGAAGCCGUAAUCCUGUAUAAUAUGUGAAAGAUGUUUUAGAAGUUCUGGUAUCUUAAUUGUCCAUGUGAGAAAAAUCCACAAGUAUGAAAUGUCAUAGAUGCAACUCCAAGCAUGAAAUAUUCUGAGCAAUUGUUAAGCUUAGAAAGGCGUUGAAGCAUUUUCAUUCAUCAACAUAAUUGCACUCUGUCCAUCCUGGGACAGGGAUCCCUCCUCUGAUGUUCUCCCUAAGUUCUCUUCCCUUUUUUCCCCAUUGAAGGGUUUUUUCAUUUUUUGGGGAGUUUUUCCUGAGCCGAUGUGAGGUUUUUGGGACAGAGGAUGCUGCAUGUGUACAGACUGUAAAGCCCUUUGAGGCAAAUUUGUAAUUUGUGAUUUUGGGCUAUACAAAAUUAAAUGAAUUGAAUUGAAUAACCAUCGCGCCGAAACCCGACCGGUUGCGUGUUCACUUAUUAAUUUAAUAGUUGUAGUUAAAUAAUUUCCCGAUUAAAACAAGAUUCCAGUAUCUUAUUUAGAUAGUACUGAUAAUCAAAUAUUUUUAGUGCUCAUUUAUGGAGUCACUGUCUUAUCCUGGUUGAGGAGUGCAAGGUCAGAGGUCAAAACAGAAAUUUUCAACCAGGCAGAAACAGAUCUUUUCAACACUUGUGCUUUGUUUGUUAUGUUCACAUUAUUGAGACACAUUGCAUGUGAUUGGAUCUCGUGUUGCGAGGGGAGGACCUGCUCCCCCUCGAAGCCAGUUUUGGGCCAAUAGAAAUCUAUAUCCAACAACAAGUUCAAAACGUAAUUUUGUUGUUUUUCCGGCCUGUGGGCCGACAGAACUGCUCCUGCCUUUGCAGAUGCAGCGCUGAUAGUUGUGAUCUGACAAAUAAAUCUACCAGAACGAGAGAAGUUGUUUGGCUGAAUUCUUCCAGAUCUCACCAACCGGGCUUCCAAUUUUGUUCACUUUUUUCAGUGUUUAUUCAGCCACACAAUAGAGUAUUGUUGUAUUUUCCUGUUUUUUUCCAUUAUGUAACUUGCUGUUUACGAAAUGUUUUUGUGGA